AUGACCAUCUCAUACAAGACCGGCAAAGUCGCCAUCGUUGGCGUGGGCUACGUUGGAGAGUCCCUCCUUCGCGAGUUCAGCUCUGUCCAUCCGACCAUAGGCUUCGACAUCUCCGAGUCUCGCAUGAAGUACCUGCGCUCACAGUAUGGUGAGGACAAGAACAUCACCCUCACCUCGGACGAGUCGAUGCUUGAGAAGGCUGAACACUUCCUCAUCUCGGUGCCGACGCUCAUGAAGCCCGAUCACUCGGUCGACAUGUCUUUCAUCAAGUCGGCAUUGUCGACCGUCUUUCGUCAUGCAAAGACUGGAAGCACGAUUGUCAUUGAAAGCACCGUCUCCGUUGGCACCACUCGCCAACUCUUCUCCUCUGUCCAACAUCUCUUCAACUGCGGCAUGUCUCCAGAGCGUGUCGAUCCGGGACGCACGUUCCCAGCACCCCACGACAUUCCCAAGGUGAUCUCGGGGCUCACACCAAAGGCACUCGACAUCAUCACGACACUCUACUCUUCUGUCUAUAACCAUGUGGUGCCCGUGUCAACGCCCGAGGUUGCAGAGAUGACAAAAUUGUUUGAGAACUGCUACCGCAUGAUCAACAUUGCCUACGUCAACGAAGUCAGCGACGCAUGCCGGACGUUGGGUCUCAACCCCAACGAGGUCAUUGACGCUGCUGCCACCAAACCAUAUGGCUUCCAGGUCUUCCGUCCCGGUAUAGGCGUCGGUGGUCACUGCAUCCCCGUCAAUCCUUCCUAUCUGCUCCAGUCAUGCCCCGACUUACCGAUCCUGGAACACUCGACCAAACUCAUGAGGAAUCGGCCGGCCAAACUGGCUCGAGAACUGUACGAGCAUUGCUUGUCGACAAAGUUUGCUUUGACAGAUCUUCGCCCAAGGGUCCUUGUAAUCGGCGUCGGCUUCAAACCAGGACAGUCUGUGCUCUCGCACUCACCUGGUCUUGAUUUCGCCACUGAACUCAACAAUCUGGGCUGCGAUCGUCUUGCUUUCUACGACCCUCUUGUGUCUGGCGAGGCCGUUCCAUGGAUGGAGAAGCUCGAGGAUGACGCAUUCACCCCGACGGAUCUCGUGUCCGAGUUUGAUGUCAUUGCCAUCUGCACAAGGCAACAUGGUGUCGACUUUCAACUAUUGGACAAUCUGCCAGAGAACAUGGUCUGGUCUUAUGACUAG